AUGACACCAGAAAGCCAUGGCAUCAACAUAUGCAGAGGAGAAAAUAGGCACAGAGAGAACUCAGGAGAUAAGUGUACUAAAGUGACACAGAGAGAACAAAGCCAAAUGGAAUUGGCUCCUUGGUGGUCUUUGGGGAAACAGGGUCUGGGCGCAACAUUUGGGGGCUUGUCCGGGAUCCCCAGAUACCCCAGGACUCCCGAACCAGGGGGUUGCAGCCAGCUGGCACCUAAACCGGUCCUGGCAGUGAAACCUUAUACUGCCCGGAAGAAAGAACCUGAAGUCAAACCUUCGGCACUGACCUACCCAGUCUUUCAGGGUGGGGCAGAGGAAGACCUCCCCCCCCCUUACCAAACCCUUUCAGUAGGUAUUGCAGCUGGAGAAGGUGCAUUGCCCCAAGUGCCAGAUGGCGGCGGGGCAAUGGCAGACACAGGACUGGCAGCAGGCACCCGCGGAAGAAUGCAACGUGCAGCCCCCUCUAGUGGACCAGCAGAUUCCACGGUCUUGCCAUUGCGAGCUGAAGGGCCCGCAGACGCAACCAGCAACCAGCAGCUUCACUAUUGGCCUUUUGCCACUAGUGACCUGUACAAUUGGAAAACUCAGAAUGCCAAGUUCUCAGAUAAUCCCAGAGAUUUAACUGACCUCCUAGAGACUAUUUUGUUUACUCAUCAGCCUACCUGGGACGAUUGUCAACAGCUCCUCCAAAUUUUAUUCACUGCUGAGGAACAUGAGAGAAUCCAGAUGGAAGCCCGGAAAUCUGUCUUGGGGGAUAACGGGCAGCCCACUACUAAUAUAGAUGUGAUUAAUGCCACCUUCCCUCUGACCUGUCCUAACUGUGACUACAACAUGGCUGAAGGUAAGGAGAGACUCCGGGUGUACCGCCAGACUCUAAUGGGAGGUCUCAGGGCAGCCGCAAGGAAGCCCACCAAUUUGGCUAAGGUAGGUGACGUACAGCAAGGGGGAUGA